AUGCGCUUUGGGAAAAAAUGGAAGUUGUCACCAUGUUUAGUAGGUCCAUUUAUGAUUACGGAUCUUGUAGGAGCUGUAACUUAUAGUUUGGCACUUUUGGACCAUUUAUAUCAUACCCAUAAUGUUUUCCCUGUAUCCAUAUUGUGGAAAUUUCUGUGUGAUAAGGAUCGUUAUCAGCAUAUAGACGUUGGUGAGAUAGAGUUGCAACCGGAUGCGACACAUGUAGAGCCACCUUAUCGUAUUCUUGAUCGUAGGAAUCAGGUGCUUUGCAUCAAGAUUAUUCCUCUUGUGCGUGUUCAGUGGAUCCAUCAUAAUGAGGCCGAGUCCACUUGGGAACGGGAAGAUGAAAUCCAUUCGAAGUUUCCGAAAUUGUUGAAAUAA